AUGGUCGCUAGAGUAUUUGCCAGAAAAAGGAUUUCACAGAGAUUAAAGCGCCUAGCACAUCUCAAUACCAAGCCUCCCUACAGGAUCAGUAUAAGGACACAAUUAAUUGCUGUAGUAAGUUUGGUUGCUAUCCUUUCCUUAUUGAUUUUAGCAGUUACUACAGGUGUAUAUUUCACUUCCAGUUAUAAAAAUCUAAGAGCGAAUCGUCUUUACAUUGCUGCACAGUUAAAAUCCUCUCAGAUUGACCAGACACUAACUUAUUUAUAUUACCAGAGUUACUGGAUUUCGACUAGAGACACUUUACAAGAUAGUCUUGCAAAUUUUGUUGCGGGAAAUAAGUCAUCCUCUAAUUGGGAGUCAACAGAAAGCGUUUUAGAAAAGUUUUUAAGUUCUUCUGAUUACUUUUCAGCAGUAAAAGUAUACGAUGAAAAUUUCGAUACUGUUUUAAGCGUUACAAACAAUGGUACAGGAAAUCAGAUUGCAGCUGAUGUGCUGGAAAAACUAUUUCCGCUUUCUACUAACAUUCCUCUAUCGUCUUCCUUGGAAACGACUGGUAUUUUGACUGAUCCUGUACUGAAUGGGACAUCUUAUUUAAUGUCCAUGUCAUUGCCAGUUUUUGCAAAUCCAUCCAUUAUUCUAAGUACCUCAAGAGUGUAUGGUUACAUUACUAUUAUAAUGACAGCGGACGGUCUUUUAAGUGUGUUUAACGACACAACUGCUAUAGAGAAGUCUAAUGUGGCUAUUGUAUCAGCUGUUUAUAAUAAUCAAUCUGAGUUAGAUGCGUAUCAUUUGGCUCUUCCUCCAUAUGGGUUUACCGCUUCUGUGACAGAUAUAAACUUCCAAUUGAAAAACAGCAGUUUUCUCAAUGGGGCAUUAAAGCAAGGAAAAGGAGGAUCUAUAAAAAAGACACAUUUCUUGUAUAACAAAGCUGUUGCUGUUGGCUACUCACCGUGCUCUUUUGAACUGGCAAACUGGGUUUCGGUUGUUUCACAGGCUGAGUCGGUUUUCUCAGGCCCUUCAACGAAACUUACAAAAAUUAUUGCCGGUGUAGUCGUAGGUAUUAGCGUUUUUGUCAUGUUGGUUACUCUACCAUUGGCAUAUUUUGCAGUCAAACCCAUAGUAAGGCUUAAGAAAGCCACUGAAAUAAUUACUGAAGGCAGAGGGCUACGACCAACGACUCCAGGGUCUGGAUCUGUAAGUAGAACAAGUUCCAUGAGACGUGAAAAGUCACCCAGGACGUCUAUAGUCAGUUCUCGAAAGAGUACUGCCACUGGUAACAGCAAUAGUCUCAAUGAAAACUCGGCAUCUUUAUCUUCCCAUCCUAUGGUGCUCACCUCAGAAAAUGUACUUGUAACAAAUCAUUCAGGUUUAUCCCGUAUUCCUGUAAAUAUGAACCAAGAAUUGUUAGACCGUGCGUCUGCUUCAACUGUUAACACUCUGACUAUCGAUUCUAAUGAUAGACUCUCAGAAAGAUCGAAACAUUUAAUCACAUUCACAAAUCUUACAGAAGCAAGAGUUCCAAUUGCUCGUAAAUUAUUUUUCGAUGAAUUGUCAGACUUGACUGAAACUUUCAACACUAUGACUGAUGCAUUAGAUGAGCACUACACAUUAUUAGAAGAUAGGGUUAGAGCUAGAACAAAACAAUUAGAGGCCGCAAAAAUCCAAGCUGAAGCUGCUAAUGAAGCUAAAACAGUAUUCAUAGCCAAUAUCUCACACGAAUUGAGAACUCCAUUGAAUGGUAUUUUAGGUAUGACAGCAAUUUCAAUGGAAGAAGAGGAUAUUACUAAGAUACGAAGUAGCUUAAAGUUGAUUUUCAGAUCUGGGGAAUUAUUACUUCAUAUUCUGACUGAAUUAUUAACUUUCUCUAAGAACGUUUUGCAACGAACCAAAUUGGAGAAAAGAAACUUUUGUAUUACUGAUGUUGCACUACAAAUGAAGUCUAUUUUUGGCAAAGUUGCAAAAGACCAACAUGUCAGACUCUCCAUUAUUCUAUCUCCUAAUAUAAUGAGAACUAUGGUAUUAUAUGGGGAUUCUAAUAGAAUCAUUCAAGUGGUUAUGAAUCUAGUGUCUAACGCACUGAAGUUCACUCCAGUCGACGGUAAAGUUCAAGUCAAGAUAAAACUGCUUGGUGAAUACGACGAAGAAUCAAGUAAAAAUUCAAAGUUUGAAAAAGUUUACGUGAAGGGAGGCACAGAAUUUACAAGCAUACCAGCGGAGCUUGCUGCUUUAUCAAAGAGGGAAAGUACUGCAGGUUCACACUUUAGCGGUUCCAGUUCUCAUAUAAAGGAAAAGCUUGACGGUAUACCUGCAAAUGUUUUUGCUAGUGAUUCAGACUCUGAUGAUCCCAGCGAAGGGACAACAAUCAAUACAAGUCAACAACGUACCUCUUCCAAUGAAGAUUAUGUUGAUAAUAUAUCAAUCGCUUCUACAAGCACAAGCUCUUACGACGAUGCAAUUUUCAAUAGCCAGUUUAAGAAAACGCCUGAUUUAUACGAGGAUGAAGACGGCAAUUUGGGGGAAGAAUUAUCACAACAGAAAACGUGGGUAUUCCGCAUAGAAGUCAUCGAUACAGGUCCUGGUAUUGACUCCUCUUUACAGGAAUCUGUUUUUGAACCAUUUGUACAGGGUGAUCAGACGUUAUCCAGACAAUAUGGCGGUACUGGUUUAGGUUUAUCCAUUUGCAGGCAACUUGCAACAAUGAUGAAUGGUACCAUGACCUUGGAAAGUACGGUAGGCUCAGGGAGUAAAUUUAUAUUUACUGUUCCAUUGACUCAAACGAGAGUUAUUAAACUAGAUGAAAGCGAACAUCCUUAUGAAGAUGAGUUUAAUCCGAAAAGUAAGAUGAACAGGAAAGUCAAAUUUAAUGUUGCAAGAAGUAUUAAUAGCAGAAGAUCACGUUCUUCGCUUAUUACCUCGAACAGUAGUAGAAUCGCUACUGUUAGAGAAGAGUCACGUCUGGAAACGCGCUCGAACCACUCGGAUGUUAGUACUUCGAAUAAAAAUGAAAGCGCCAGUCCACAGCCUGAAAGUGGUAGUAAUUUGAAUUUAGAUCGACCAUUUUUACAAAGUACUGGAACUGCUAUUUCUUCUGCGAAUGUUCCUACAGUUGCCACAUUAGGUAAAACCUUGAAUGUUUUGGUUGCAGAAGAUAACCAUGUUAACCAAGAAGUUAUAAAGAGAAUGUUAAGCCUGGAAGGCGUCAAAAACAUUGACUUAGCCUGCGAUGGUCAAGACGCCUUCGACAACGUAAAAUCUCUAAAAGAAAGGGGAGAAUUUUAUGAUAUGAUUUUCAUGGACGUACAAAUGCCAAAAGUCGACGGGUUAUCCGCUACCAAAAUGAUACGUAAUGAUCUGAAGUACGAGCAUCCAAUUGUGGCACUAACUGCGUUUGCUGAUGAUAGCAAUAUUAAGGAAUGUCUCGACGCCGGUAUGGACGGAUUUUUGUCCAAACCUAUAAAGCGACCACAACUGAAGACCAUUUUGCUUGAAUAUUGCCCUAAGGUAGAUUCAAUGGGAAGAGCAACUUCCACUGGUGAAGAAAGUAAGCAUACCAAAUCGAAUUGA